AUGCCCGAACAACAAACAGUAUGCUUCACCGACUGCUUGGUCAACAAGAGCACUUUCGUCCGAUGUGGGAGAGGCAGUAUGAGCAGUUUCACCAGCAGCAGUAAACAAGUUGAUGAAGAUGAGCGCCCUGAGAUUCCUACUUUUACCCCUCAUGAGAUAGUGCCUCCCAGCAAAUUAUUUGAUUACUUGGAGAUACCAACGAAAGUUUUACUUCAUUUGCACAGAUAUCACUACAAUGUUGCAGACGCAAGACUUAGUCAGCAUGUAGAGAAAGGGAAUGAAGAUGGAUUAUAUAUAAGCUGUGUGGCAUCAGCUUCAAAUCUUUGGGCCCUAAUAAUGGAUGCAGGAACCGGUUUCUGUGCUCAAGUUUAUGAACUAUCAUCUGUCUUCCUUCACAAGGAUUGGAUAAUGGAACAGUGGGAGAAGAAUUUUUACAUCAGUUCUAUUGCUGGUGCUGCCAACGGAAGCUCUUUAGUUGUUAUGUCUAAAGGAACACCUUACACCCAACAGUCUUAUAAAGUGAGUGAGUCAUUUCCAUUCAAGUGGAUCAGCAAAAAGUGGAAAGAAGGUUUUCAUGUCACUUCUAUGACGACAGCUGGCAGUCGCUGGGGUGUUGUGAUGUCCAGAAACGCUGGAUUCUCUGAACAGGUUGUGGAGCUUGAUUUUCUGUACCCAAGUGAAGGAAUACAUCGUCGAUGGGAGAGUGGAUACAGGAUCACAUCUAUGGCUGCUACACCAGAUCAAGCGGCGUUCAUACUGAGCAUACCCAGGCGCAAGAUGAUGGAUGAGACCCAAGAAACAUUGCGAACAUCUGCCUUUCCAAGCACCCAUGUGAAGGAUAAGUGGUCAAAGAAUCUCUACAUUGCAUCCAUCUGUUAUGGCCGAACAGUCUGCUGAUUGAUGUUGGAAGUGCUCCUUGUUUUGCUGUGAAACUGACGAGAAAGUCACCUGUAUUUUGGGCGAGGUGUUUUUUGUUGUAUGAGCACAUGUGACAAUUGUAAAUCUUCUAGUUAUGAUGCUUACAAUGGGAAGAGAUUUGAUUAUUGAAAGAACAAAGUGAGACAUAGAAGCAAGAUAAAUGCGUGCCAAGCAUGCGUGCUUUAAGUUAUGACGCAUGACUUGGGACAUGUUGUUUCUAGCUAGAUUUGGUUCACAAGUAUUGUACUCUUUUAAGAAUCAUGGAAUGGGGAAAUCAAAAUUGUUCGGGUAUUUUA